AUGGCCAUCGAAUUGGAGGAGCCUCCAAUUGAGAGUAAUGCCCAAGUUCUUAAAGAUUUGUUCGCUGGGACAAUGGGUGGUAUAGCACAAGUUUUAGUUGGUCAGCCGUUUGAUUGUGUUAAAGUAAGAUUACAAUCUGCACCAGAAGGUACAUAUACAGGAGCACUUGAUGUGAUAAAACAAUUAAUAAAAAACGAAGGAUUUUCUGGAUUUUACAAAGGAACUUUGACACCAUUGAUAGGUGUAGGUGCCUGUGUAUCAGUUCAAUUUUCAGUAAAUGAAUUUAUGAAAAGGUAUUAUGAUCGAGAAUUACAUGGUAGACCAUUAAGUUUAUUACAAUACUUUAAUUGUGGUGCUGUUGCUGGAUUUGCUAAUGGUUUCCUAGCUUCCCCAAUUGAACACAUUCGUAUAAGAUUACAAACUCAAACAGGAUCUAACAAACUAUUUAAUGGUCCUUUAGAUUGUGCUAAAAAAAUUUAUGAAAUUGAUGGAUUACGAGGAAUAUAUAAAGGUUUAGGUCCAACUUUAAUAAGAGAAUCAAUUGGAUUAGGUAUAUACUUUGCCACAUACGAAGCAUUAAUUGCUAAUGAUUUGAAAAGGCAUCCUGGAUUAACAAGAGAGCAAAUCAAACCAUUAACUUUAUGUUUGUACGGAGGAUUAAGUGGAUACACUUUGUGGAUUGCCAUAUACCCAGUAGAUGUUAUAAAAUCAAAAUUACAAACUGACGCUUUGAAAGGUGCAAAAUAUAAGAGCACAUUAAGUGUGAUCAGAGAUGUUUUUCAAAGACAAGGUAUACGAGGUUUUUAUAAAGGAUUUUUACCAACGAUACUAAGAGCUGCUCCAGCUAAUGGUGCAACUUUUGCAGUAUUUGAAAUAACAAUGAGACUUUUAAAUAAGGUAUAA